AUGUCAUCUGCACAGUUUAACAACCCUCCAUACGCGCAAACUCCCGAAUCUUGCGGAAAUUCAAUAUCAGAAGAGUCAUGUGUGUACUCUCGAUCCACCUCGGUCUCGGAACCCGACGACAGUUACAUUUGCACUAAACAACGAGAAUUAUUCCAAAAGUGGCGACCGACUAUUCAUCUCAUCGCACCGACGGGCUGGCUAAACGACCCUUGCGCCCCUGGAUACGACCACAUCAACGACUGCUAUCACAUCGGCUUCCAAUGGAAUCCGGAAAGCGCCGAAUGGGGCAACAUAUGUUGGGGAGCAGCAACAUCCCGCGAUUUGCUGUCCUGGGAUAUUUCCCGCGAACCAUCAAUAGUUCCUUCUAAGGAGGAGGGCGAGGGUGGUGUUUUCACGGGUUGCCUUUCUCCAGUUGAACUUCAUCCUGGAAAGUUGACGGCGUUCUACACCUCGGCCAAGAUACUGCCGAUUCAUCACACAUUACCUUACACACAUGGCUCAGAAGGGCUUCAUCUCGCGACUUCGUCCAACAGCGGCAAAACCUGGACUCGUUAUGAGGCAAACCCGGUCUUACCUGGUCCCCCGUCCGAUCUCAAGGUCACAGGAUGGCGAGAUCCCUUCGUCUCCGUGUGGCCUUCACUGGCUAGGACAUUGGGUGACCCCGACAACACUCUGUACGGCAUCGUUUCCGGCGGGCUCCUAGGCCAAGGACCGACGCCUUUCAUCUAUCGUUUGGAUGAAGGGGACAUUACGAACUGGGAGUUCCUGUCACCUCUCGUGUCCCUGCCACCGAAUCAUUCGCCAUCCCCUUCAUGGCCGACUGAUAACGGCGUGAAUUGGGAGGUCACGAAUUUCCUUAGCCUCGAAGACCCCGACGACACAAGAACGCACGACUUUCUCAUCAUGGGGGUUGAAGGACGUUUACCCCAGGAGUGGAACAAAGGCCGGUCGGCGUUCAGUGUAGAUCAUGGCCAACUGUGGAUGUGCGGCAAGCUGCAGGCUGACGACGGCAAACCGACGAUGGAUUACACCUACGGUGGAUGUUUAGACCACGGGAGCUACUAUGCCGGCAACUCUUUCUGGGACCCAAAAACCCAACAGCAAAUCAUCAUCGGAUGGAUCAUCGAGGAGGACCUCCCCGUUGAGCUGCGAAAACACCAGGGCUGGGCCGGACUCCUCUCUCUUCCACGGGCUCUGAAGCUCCAGAGAUUAAGAGGUGUAUCGCGGGCUCUUGUCACGCCACUGGAACAAAUACCAUCCAUCCUAUUGCGCCAGGAUGGUAUCCGAGGAAACGAGCCCACGUACGAGGUCACGACCCUCUGUGCCGUUCCCGACGAUCGGUUGUCAAGGCUCAGGGGCGUCUGGUGGUGGACUCUCCGCGUAUCGCCUGUCAAGUGUCGCAACAUCGGUGACGAGAUGAAGCUUGGUAAGGACCGCAACGGGCCUCAGGCCUUGCUGGCCGCGGCUCUCGGCGCGGUCAUGCUCGACCCCGUCGCCGCCGUCUCUUGCAGCCCAUACACGCCCUUCGAGCCAAUUGACCCUCAGAACUGGGCGAAUCCCGACAACAUGACAUGGGAUGACUGGGUAAAGCCACCCGGCACGGACUGGUCGAACCCGGCUCGCAAGGGAUCCAGCCGUAACUUCAACAUCGCCCUCGUGGUUGUCGACUAUCCCGAUAGGAACUUCACGAUCAGCCAGCCGGCGCAUUCGACCAUUUUCAAUAAUCCACAACCCGCAGCUGCCGACAUUCCGCGUGAAAAGGUACCAAAUUUUUAUCGCGACCUUCUCAACACUCCAAAUGAGCUGAACCAGGGCCACACGCUGCACGAGUACUGGAUGGAGGACUCGGCUGGUCGUUUUGGCGUUGACCUGACCUCAUUCGGUGCCUACCAACUUCCCCGCAACGGCUAUCAGUAUGGGGUGUCCGACGACAUGAACCCCGGCGCGUGCCCAAUUGGCGAGACCUGCGACCUCGACAUCCGAACAGAUGCGCUCUCAGCUUGGCGCAACGAUGUCGGCAAUGCGACUGCCGAUGCCUUUGAGCUUGUUUUCAUUCUCUCCGCUGGCCAAGACGAGUCUUCGACAUGGCAAGAAUUCGGCGAGAUGAAGUUUGACGGUCCCGAUGAUGUCCCUGACGAGUUUGGCCCUCCAAAGACUGAUAACACCUCCUUGCCCAACUGGGCUGCCACUCGCUACGUUCCUUGGACAUCUUGGGCGGCAGCCUCGACACUUUGGCCUAAUGCCGGUGGUGGUUCAUCUACCCAGGGCGAGAGCUCCGGUAUGGCGGUUUAUGCCCACGAGUUGAGUCACUUGCUGGAUAUCGGCGACAACUACAACAAUCCCUAUGGCACCCCAUUGCGCAGGGCUUACACGGGAAUCUGGUCAAUGAUGUCCCGAGGCUCUUUCAACGGACCUGGUGGCCCGCAUACUAGAUGGCAGAUUCCUGCAGUCCAAGGCGCUUCCAUGGGCUCACUGCAUACCCUUCGUGACAAGUUCCAGCUCGGACUGAUCGAAAGGUCUGACAUUCUCUGGCUGUCUCGCGAGGCAUUGGCCACUUCGGGGGUUGCUGUCGCGCAGCUGACUGCUAGGUCUGUUGAUCCAGGCGACGGCUUGAUGGGAAUCCGCAUCAUGAUGGAUGCCGAUCGGUCACCAGCUUGUGACAUCAACACCGAACCCUUGUGCGAUGGUGGAAGCUGGGACAACUACGACAUUGAGGUUGUCGACCGCAUGGGAAGCGACAGCUUCACUCCCGAUUCGGGCGUUUUGAUAAGCAAAUCCAAGAACGUCGACCGCCAACCUUUCCAGUGGGUUAUUGACGCUCACCCUGAGGACAUUGAGCUUGUCGACUUCUACCGGCCCAAUGGCUCAGUGGCGAUGAUCACCAUGGGCGACUACCGCCAACUCGCAGACGCGCUGUUCCACGCAGGAACCAACUCUGGAAGCGAGUUCGAGUUCAUCGACGAGGCCAAUGAUCUUCAUUUCUACAUCAUUGACCGCCACCGCAACGACGAUGGUAUUCUUUCGUAUACCGUUGCAGUCCGUUCCAUCGGAGGAGAGGGUGGCGCAAGCCUCCACGAUGUGUCCCUUGAGGACGGCCUGGUGACCGAUCUGAAGCAGAACGCGCCAACUGGUCAAGGCGUGACUUGCUCGUUCCAGCUCACCAACCGUGGUUCAUACGUGGCCAUCGAUCCAAACGAGGCUCAACACCCCGAGGACGUCUCAGCGUUCCUUGAGUCCGACGUUUACCGGCUGAGCGCCGAGGUGGAUGGCGCUGGAUGGCGUAUUGAAGUUCCCAACGCUCUCCUCACCGCGAAGUUCGGCGAGGUCAAAACGGCGCGCGUGUCGGUAGGCGCCAGUGCUGAAGCGGCUGAUUCUGCUGUGGUGACUCUCAAAGUGACCUCCGAAUCUGACCCGUCGGUUGUUGCAUCCGCUCAAUGCAAUGUGGUCAAGUCAUGA